CGCUGAUGUCCUCUCCGGUGCGCUCAACCAGCCCCUGCUGUUGUAAUGUAAAGCUGGUAGUAUCCUGGUGUACCGCCGGAAAGAGUCCACUGGACGGACCCGGUUCGCAGACCUCGGCGCCUCCAGCUUGAAGAUUUUCUGCAUCGGAGAGAUUCCGCAGACAAAUUACGCAUGGAAUGGUUUUGGGGGGAUCGGAGUAGACAUGCAGCGCCGCACUUCCAGUCCACAACAAGAACCAUGCCCAGCUUACAUUGCAAGCAAAUCUAUGACAUCCUGUUUUAUCCCCUUCGACUUUGAUAUGAGUGAAAUUUGCUCGGAUACCGACGAGGAGUGAAGAAAAUCUACACAGCAGAGAAGCCGAAGGACGUUGUUUCCGCUGCAGACGCUCGUGUACCGAAACCCCUCUGCAUUUAGGAUUUUUCUUUGAUGGAGCUGGAGAACAUAGUAGCCAACACUGUACUGCUAAAAGCGCGAGAGGGUGGAGGAGGAAAGCGGAAAGGGAGGAGCAAAAAAUGGAAGGAGAUCCUUCGCUUCCCCCAUAUAAGCCAGUGCACUGAGCUGGGAAACAGCAUCGAGAGGGACUAUGUCAGCAUCUGUGAGAAACAGCCAAUCGGAUGGCUUCUCUUCCGUCUUUACUGUGAGACCAGAAUUAAACUGCAACGAUGCAUCCAGCUACUGGACGCAAUGGAAGACUACGAGGUGACACCCGAUGAAAAAAGAAAAAGCCGAGGGGACAAAAUCAUCAAGACUUUUCUCUCCAAACAAUCACCUCAGCGUGUAGACAUAGCAGAGGUUUUUGCAGACCAGUGCAGAGAGAACCUCGAGCUCAGUCCAUGUAAGGAGAUCUUCAGCAACUGCCGCAAGGCCGUCCACGACUACCUGAGUGGAGCUCCGUUCACAGACUACCAGAACAGCAUGUACUUCGACCGCUUCCUGCAAUGGAAGAUGCUGGAGAGGCAACCAAUCACGAAAGACACGUUCAGACAGUACCGAGUGCUGGGGAAGGGGGGAUUCGGGGAGGUGUGUGCCUGCCAGGUGAGAGCUACAGGGAAGAUGUACGCCUGCAAGAAGCUGGAGAAGAAGAGGAUAAAGAAGAGGAAAGGGGAGUCCAUGGCUCUCAACGAGAAGCAGAUUCUAGAGAAAGUCAACAGUCGAUUUGUUGUGAGCCUAGCGUACGCAUACGAGACCAAAGACGCUCUGUGUCUGGUGCUGACCAUCAUGAACGGUGGAGACCUGAAGUUUCACAUCUACAACAUGGGCACGCCGGGCUUCGAGAAAGACAGGGUUCAGUUCUACGCCGCUCAGAUCUGCUGCGGACUCAAGCAUUUGCACAGGGAAUCCAUCGUCUACAGGGAUUUGAAACCGGAGAAUAUCCUGUUAGAUGACAACGGACACAUCCGUAUUUCUGACCUGGGGCUGGCCAUCAAAGUGCCUGAAGGAGAGCUCAUCAGAGGCCGGGUGGGGACUGUGGGCUACAUGGCUCCGGAGGUGAUAAACAAUGAGAAGUACGGCAUGAGUCCUGAUUGGUGGGGGCUGGGCUGUCUCGUUUACGAGAUGACCGCCGGACGAUCGCCCUUCCGCGCCCGCAAAGAACGAGUGAAGCGGGAGGAGGUGGAGAGGAGGGUGCAGGAGGAGGAGGAGGAGUACAACGACAAGUUUACAGAGGACACCAAGGCCAUCUGUAGAAUGCUGCUGACCAAAGACCCGAAGCAGAGGCUGGGGUGCCUGGCGGACGGAGCAGCGGGCGUCAAGGCCCACUCGUUCUUCAAAAACAUCAACUUCAAGAGGCUGGAGGCUGGAAUAGUGGAGCCUCCCUUUGUGCCUGAUCCUCGGGCAGUGUACUGUAAGGAUGUUUUGGACAUAGAGCAGUUCUCCACAGUCAAGGGAGUAAAUUUGGACCAAACUGACAAUGACUUCUACUCCAAAUUUGCUACAGGCAGUGUUUCCAUCCCAUGGCAGAAUGAGAUGAUUGAAACUGAGUGUUUCAGAGAUUUGAAUGUGUUUGGGCCUCAAGGGACGAGACCUCCAGAUCUGGACUGGAAUCAGCCACCAGAGCCGCCCAGACGCAGCCUGCUGGACAGGAUCUUCAGGAGGCAUCACCCAGAGGUGUCCAUUUCCCACAGCCGCGUGCAGUCUUCCAGUGUAAACUCUGUGGACUCCAUGUCCAACUCUGCCCCCUAGUGGCACAGUGGCAGUGUGAGCGCCACACACACACAAAGGGAAGGAGCUCCAAGGGGCUUUCCCGCUGCUGAUUGGUCCACAGCCGGGGCCUGAGCAGCAGCCGGAGACAGCCUGUCUAAAAGCCUAAAUGGUCAGCCCAUUGGGGAGGGGGGGGUUGACCAGGCCCUGAGACCCCGGGCAUUUAUAGUGGGAUGGUCAACGUUCCAGAGACGUUUGGAAAUAUUCGGACAAACCUUACUUACCCUCAGGAUUGUUGGACUAUAGAACAGAGCCACUGACGCUGAUGAAAAGGAUAGAAAACAAGCUAAUAUUCAGGGGAUCCACUGUAUAAUAAAGACCACCACCGGGAAUAGAAGAUGGGGUCUUGGUGAAGUUUUGUUUUUCCAGAAAAGGAAUUUCUUUUUCACUCGUUUUCAGUCCUUUACUUUCUGGCCUGUGUCUUGUACCCGUAUCCAUCUCCACCCCUCAGCGUCACCAUCUCUACGACUCUAACUUAUUCUUUGUCUGUAUUGCCACCUCCCGUACCUCAGAUCACUCCUAAACAUUCAGAACACGUCGCCUCAACAACCUCAACACAUAAUGUACAUUGCCUUGCGUACACUCAGGCCAAAGAUUACCGUUUAGUUUUGUGAUACCGUUGUCAUGUUAUUGGUUUUUGAAGGUUUUCAGCCGUCGUUUAGAACCACGGGGAGUGUGAUCCGCUUUCUACACUUUCUCUAAACAUGAGCCUGCAGACAUAUCAUAAUGCUUAAAGCACACACACACACACACACACACAUACAUGCAUACACAGACAGAGUUGUGAGAAUCGUGUUGUGUUUUCAUUGCAUGGACAAAGUGUAAGUAUGGACAGCCGUAUCCCUUUUCGCUUCUGCAUACCUCAUUCCAUAGUAUACCGUACAGCACACAGACGUCUCCCUCGGUUUACAGUGUCACUUUAUAUUUGACAUUAAUGUGGAGUUUGAAAAAGCGAGUUAAUAUGCUGUACAGAAACAGAAAUCUUUUGUUUUUUGCUCAAUUUUCCGCACAGUCCCCCGGGGAGUGGAGAGGAACACAUGCACUCAGCCUGACGUACAAGUUGCACAAUUUAAAACACUGUCAUGCUGUUUGUCCACCAAAUGAAAAUGUUUUUACCUCUGAUCAUUAAGGCACAUCGUUGUAUUGAUAUUGUGACACGCCGCUUGUUUUCUACAUGCGAAAAACUGAAGUGUUCUUGUUCUCCCUUUGCCUUUUCCAUUUACACGAUAUUGCUGCAUAGCCAUUGUUGUCACAUGUACAGGUUUUUACAUUUUGCCCCUUUACGAACGCCUCACUAAUCUAAAGGGUCUUCCUCUUGUUUUGUGUCCAGCCAUAAUCAAAGACACAGGGUAUCAACAGCUGUUAUCUGAAUUUCAUUUCAUUGGUCCAGUUCAUUCAUGUCAGAGCAGAGGAGGAGAGGAAGACGCAAACACCACACAAAGAAGUGGCCUUCUCGCAGCAGCACAGCCAAUUGAAAUGGAGGAAGAGCUCGAUCUCUUCCGCUGGCUUUGAAGAAUGUGGUAUUUGCCCUGUUUGAGGCAGUGAAAGCUGGUCCACGCAGUCAUUUUAAUCGUCCUUACAAAUCUCACACAGGCCUGUUUUUUUUUUUUUCUUUUCUCUGCGUUCUUGAUAUGAAAAGAAAAAAAAAUCUGAAUCAGACUGAAGUGCCUCCUUGUUAGCAUGAUCUCCCAGACGAAGCCCACACAGACAUCAGCACUUUGUUUAAUCUCUGACUGUCAUGCUCCGUUUGUUUCGCCGGGGAACGCGUCGACACACACAAACACACACACAGGCUCGCACGGUUUGUUGGAAGUGGAGGGAAGGCGGCGGAGAGGGUGGAGAGGAGAGAGCUGGUGGGGGGACUCUCCUUCUUAAUGUGAUGUACAGCAAAGUGCUGAGUGCAUGUGAAAGCCAAACCCACUGUGUCCUUCAAGUCCCAAUAAACUCUGUGCUA